AUGCCAAAGAAUAUAGGAAGUCUAAGCAAUCUCAAGAGCCUGAAUUUUUUUAUAGUGAAAGAGCAAAACAUAUCUGAUCUUAAGGAGUUGGAAAAACUAAACCAUCUUCAUGGAAGAAUUCAUAUUAAAGGACUGGGUAAUGUGAUUGAUCCUCUAGAUGUUGCGACAAGAAUUUGGAAAGAUAAGAAGUAUUUAGAAGAAAUACAUAUGACAUUUGAUGGUAGAAGAGAAAAUGUGUCUAUCUUGGAAGCUCUUCAACCAAAUAGAAACUUGAACAGACUCAUCAUUAGAGAAUACAAAGCCCAUAGAAAUGACAUGUUUGUCGGAGUGGCAACUCUAUGUGAGCUCUUUCUUGCACGUCAGCCUCAAAGAUGUUGUCUUUCCUGCUACCAAGACAUAUUCACUGCCACCGACACUUUCUUGAGGAAUAUGCUAACCGGUGAUCCAACAUUUUCAAUUUAUGUGCUUUCAUUCUUUUGUACUUUGAGUUAA